GAUGACAAGAGCAAAAUGUCAUUUUUAGCUAAAGGUGUUAAUCAAAACACAAACAUUAGCUCUUGCUUUGGCAUGGUACGGUCGGUAUACGGUAAGGACGAAAGGAAUCUUUCUCGGGAGUUUUUAUUAUCAAACCUCGGUAGUGUUUCGCGAAUUGAUCGAAUUCUGUCCGUAGUGACCAAAACCGAUUAGUGGUUUUCACACGCUAAUUGUUCCGGAAAUCGUGCGUCUUCGAGUGCAUUUUGUUUCUUCGAUCUAUUGAUAUCUGGCGAAUCUUCCUGUUUUGGUGUUGUUACUGGAUUAUACGAUGGCCACGGGAGCGAAGCAAGAAAACUGGCGGGACCUCAUUGCGGAGCGGCUCCGGGAUCGUAACAGAAAUGAGACUUCCAGAUAUGCGGAUAUCAUUGCCUACAAUAACCGUCUCUUCGACGCAGCUGCCAAACUUCGCCAAGAGAAUCUUGAACUAAAAAUCGACAAAAAGAUUCGCGAUAGCUCUGGUGGAACAGCAGGAGCAGAUUUGGCGACUAUUACUAACGCUCAAAUCCAAGCCCUUGAGAAGAAAAUAUUGGCCCAGCAGGAAGAGUUGACCGAUCUACACAAGCGCAAGGGUGACCAUUCGCAAAUGGUCAUUACCUUGAAUCAAAAGCUGUCUGAGUUACAACGAACGCUGACCGAAAAAGAGAAGGCCCUAGCUGAACAACGUGCAAUAAAUAUAACUAUUACAGACGAGCUAGAAGAGCUUAAGACAUUACAUGUUACAAUCAAGGAUGAAUCCUUAGCUUCGCAGCUACGUGCGAACGCUGCAGAAGAUAAGUUAAGAACAGUCCAAGACGAGUACAACAAAGUAUUGGCAUCGCUCAUGGAGUGCAAGUCACGUCUUGCAGACUCUAUGAACAAAGAAAAUGACAAAUUCUUCAAAGAAAAGAAAGCGCGAAUUGAAAGUGAGUUAGAGCGAGCAAUCAGGGAUAUUCCUGGACCGUCGUCGUUAGGUGGUAUCGGAUCCGAAAUUGACCGACUCGAUUUUGGUUCCGAUGGCCCACCUGAGGGAAUAGAGUUCAAAUUCGAUGCCCAUGACGGUGAAGUGAACGCGGUUCGUUGGAGUCCCGUAGAACGAGUGGUUGCUACUGGUGGUGCUGAUAGGAAAGUAAAACUAUGGGACGUGGGAAAGGGGGCUUGUGAACCACGGGGUAUUUUGGUUGGUAGUAACCAAGGUAUAAAUUCUGUGGAAUUUGACAGCACAGGUUCAUCAAUUUUAGCAGCUUCAAAUGACUUUGCAUGCCGUGUGUGGAGCGUUGCUGAUCAACGUCUUAGGCACACUCUGACGGGGCACAGUGGAAAGGUGCUGGCGGCAAAAUUUCUCGGAGCUACACUGGUGGUCACAGGGAGCCACGACCGAACGCUUAAAAUUUGGGACCUCAAAAACCGAUCAUGUACGGAAACCAAAUUCGCCGGCUCCAGCUGUAACGAUCUGGUCACCACCGACAGCUUUUCCAUCAUAAGUGGUCAUUUCGAUAAGAAAAUUCGUUUUUGGGAUACUCGAACAGCUGACUGCACCGCCAACGACAUUCCGAUGCAGGGCAAGAUUACAUCGCUAGAUCUAUCGAAGGAUGGGAAGUUUCUGUUGUGCUCCGUGCGAGAUGAUACCAUUAAUCUGCUGGACUUGCGACAGAACAAAAUCGUACGGACAUUCCGCCACGACCUAUACAAAGUUGGUUGCGACUGGGCCCGAGCUGCCUUCAAUACAAGUUGUCAAAGAAUCGCUGCUGGUGCGGCUGAUGGAUCCGUUUACAUCUGGAAUGUGAACGGUCCUCUGGAGACAGUGUUAAAGGAUCCUAAGUCUGAUCGUGAUUGGUUUUUUCACAGUGGAAGUGGCGCCUCAGUGACUGCCGUGAGUUGGCACCCGUUUAGCUCCGUCCUGGCCUCGGUAGAUCGAGCCAAAAAGUGCACAAUCUGGUCUAACGCUUAGCAAAUCGCCGUGCAUCAACUCCAAGCCGCUAGCAUUAAUACUUUAUACUACAGUUCUAUAGUGUUCGUUCCGUUUUUAAUCGCUCUUACUGAAACAUCACCAUUUCGUCACAAGAAAGGAAAGGUUGAGGUGCGCGUGUUUGAAAUGUUAUUACUGUAUAUUUGUGCUACGUUGUAUAAGUAAGUUGACUUGAUUUUGCAGCGAAAAGGACAAUUUUCUUUUCGUGUUAAAGUUCUCGAUAUUAUAUUUUUCAAAUAGAACUUUUGUAGAUUCGUCCUUUAAAUGAUUAUACAAAUAUUUUGGUAAAUAUUAAACUGUACUCAAAAUUCUACAGUCAAAAUAUACUUUUCUUAACAAUCA